AUGUCCUUGGAGACGGUGAGGGUGGUGGUCCGCUGUAGACCCAGUAAUAGCCGCGAGAAGGACCUGAACUGUAAGGUGGUGGUGUCUAUGGACGCUGCUCGCGGCCAGUGCUUCAUCCAGAAACCUGGGGUCCUCGGAGAGCCGCCCAAACAGUUCACUUUCGACGGUGUAUAUUACAUAGAAAGCACCACGGAGCAACUGUACAACGAAAUCGCCUAUCCGCUGGUGGAGGGUGUCACUGAAGGCUACAAUGGAACAAUAUUUGCCUAUGGACAGACAGGAAGUGGGAAGUCAUUCACCAUGCAAGGCAUUUCUCAUCCAACAUCGCAACGAGGAGUUAUUCCCAGGGCUUUUGAACAUAUAUUUGAGAGUAUCCAGUGUACAGAAAAUACAAAGUUCCUGGUGAGGGCUUCAUAUUUGGAAAUUUACAAUGAAGAGAUCAGAGACCUUUUGGGCAAAGACACCAAGCAGAAGCUGGAGCUCAAGGAGCAUCCAGAGAAGGGCAUUUAUGUGAAGGACCUUUCCAUGCAUACUGUGCACAGUGUCUCAGAGUGUGAGAAAAUCAUGGAUAUUGGCUGGGGCAAUCGAGCUGUGGGAUAUACCCUCAUGAACAAAGACUCAUCACGUUCACAUUCUAUAUUCACCAUUCACUUGGAGAUGUGCUCAAUAGAUGAUAAAGGGAAAGACCGCAUCCGUGUGGGAAAGUUAAACCUGGUGGAUUUGGCAGGUAGUGAGAGACAGGCAAAAACUGGAGCAACUGGAGAUCGACUAAAAGAGGCUACGAAAAUUAACCUGUCACUGUCAGCACUUGGGAAUGUAAUUUCUGCACUCGUGGAUGGAAGAUCAAAACACAUUCCAUACCGUGACUCCAAACUGACACGAAUGUUACAGGAUUCCCUUGGAGGAAACACCAAAACUCUGAUGGUGGCAUGUCUGUCUCCUGCAGACAAUAAUUACGAUGAAAGUCUUAGCACUUUACGAUAUGCCAACAGGGCAAAGAACAUCAAAAACAAACCAAGAAUUAAUGAAGAUCCAAAGGAUGCUUUACUCCGAGAAUAUCAGGAGGAGAUUAAACAGCUGAAGGCACUACUAGCUGGGCAGCUCGGGAAUGAUAAUUUAUCUAAUUAUCUAAAUAAAGUGCAAGUGGGUAGAAGUCAAACAACCGUUCAAACCCCUCAGAACACCAUUGUUCGUACUGAGAUAGAAAUUGAAAAAGAAAAUAUGAGACAGUUCGUGAUCUCGUUACCACACAAUCUGGAAACAAUCCAGGAUGGUCUUUCUGCAACAUCUCUGUUGAAUGCACCUACACAAGCUCUGCAACUACCUUGGAAAAGCAGGGAGAUUCCGAAUGGAAAUUUAUUUGAAACUGUCAUCAGUAUUAACAGUGAUUACCUGACAGGCAACAAGCUACCAGAAUACGAGCAGAAAUUAUCAAAGAUUAAAGCAGAUUAUGAAGCAGAGCAAAAGUCCAAUGUUAAGCUGCAAGAAGAUAUUGAAAAACUAAGAAGUUCUUAUGAAAUGAAGCUGGCAUGCAUUGAGGCUCUUGAUAAGGCCACAGGUAACAACCACAAGAGCAUAGUACCAGUACAAAAACAGAAAUGUAUCUCUGUCUCCUCAGAUGCACCUGAAUUUGAAGAAAGAGCUUUUGCCCAGGAGAUAACUCAGCCAUUUAAUGUUGAAUUAGCGGAUGUGAGUGAAAUAGAACAGAAACUAGAUAUUGCCAUGUUAAUUGAAGUAGAGCCUGAAAUAGUGAUGCAGGACAGCAGCAAGAAAGUUACACUGAUUAGUGAAGAGCAAAGUUCUCCAUUAGAUCUGCAACAGCUCAAGGAAGAAAUCAUCGCUGAAUGUUCUCCACCUGGUUCAUCACCCACCACCUUAGAUCAGGAGGAAGUACUUGCAAGGCUGAAAAUGUUGGAAAAUGAGGUUGUAGGUGGAGAACAGGCCAAAAAUACAGAGCUGAAGGAGAAACGGAAACGACGGAAAACGUAUGCAGAUGAACGAAAGAAUCAACUUGCAGAAGCACUGAAGCACACAGACAGAGAUGAUCCAGCUAUCUUGAUCAAUGUGUACGAAUCUAUUCAGGAUGAAGUUCGAGCAAAAAGCAAAAAUAUAGAAAACCUGCAGAGAAAGCUCAAAGUUGCAGAGAUAGAAAUCUCUGAUCUCCAAUCUGAAUUUGAAUUUGAGCGCAUUGACUACCUGUCCACUAUAAGGAAGCAGGAACGGGAAAACAUUCUGCUGCAGCAAGUCCUGGAAAGAAUCCAGCCAUUAAUCCGGCGUGAGUGUAACUACAGUAAUAUUGACAAAAUAAAGCGGGAAAGUGUUUGGGAUGAAGAAAAUGGUUGCUGGAAAUUACCAGAAACAGUUCUUCAAAAGAUCACUCUUCCUUCUGUACCACACCCAGGUCUGAUUAUACCAUUCUUUCUGUGAUAAGGAAGAAAUAUGUUUUCAAAUAUUAUUACUGAUUAUUAGGAGGAAGACCGUUACAGGCAAAUGCUGAACCGCAGUGAUAGUGAAAAUAUUGCCAACAAUUACUUCAGGUCAAAGCGUGCCAGUCAGAUCCUGAAUACAGACUCUGCAAGAAGUCUCUUGCACAACCCCACAUCUGUGCAUAACGUAUCUCUUAACAAUGGAUCUUCUUCCCAUGCUGUCUCCAACCUGAACACAGUGUCUCCAACCCAGCCUCCUGAAAUGCCAACACCAAGACCAUUCCGUUUGGAAUCACUGGAACUUCGUGUGCCCUCUGCCAAAACCAAACGCAAGAAAAACAAAAGUAGUUCUUUCAUGGACAUUGCCUGAUGUGCGACUGUUUCAAUAAAUUGUUUUUAAAGGCAUUUGUUGUAUUCUUCCCUUCCCCUCCUGCUCUUACUGCUCCAAACACCAAGCCUGGCCAA